GACUUUAUUUUUUUUCUUUUCCAGAAUUAUAAAGACAGCUGAUUUCUUCCAAAAACAGCCCCACACCUUUCCUCAGGUUGUGUGCAGUAUUGCAGCACAGUUGCAUUGAAGUGAAUGAAGCCAAGUUGAAAUACCUCACACAACCUGAGGACAGGCUUUAAAUAAUUCUCCCUUUAACAUGUCCUUUAUUCAUGGGGUGGGAUGAUUACCAUGUUAUGCUCUGGCUCCCAUGCAGACGCAUCAGGUUUAUGCAGCCGCCGGUCCUUGGUUACAGACUACAAAUAAACCUGACCAGUCGUCUGAUCCUCUCCCUGCUUAUAUGUAACAUAGAUGAGGAUUCUGAAGAGGCCUCUGUGGAGAGAACAGUCAUAAGGAAGAGAUGAGAACACCCUAGAAGUCUCUGAAGAUGGACAAGGACAGAAGACAAAUGACUGAGCGAGUACUCAGCCUAACCUUGGAGAUCAUCUACCUGCUGACUGGAGAGGAUUACGUUCCUGCAAGAAAGUUUUGUGAUGAUGUCAAAGACGGUAGUGAUCCCCGUGUUCCAGGGAAAUUAAGCCAAGCCAAGGGGCACAUCACUGGGUCUCCCCAUCCCUCUCUGAUAGAUGAGUUAAAGAAUGAUGUGAAGAUCCUGGAUCUGACCAACAAGAUCCUUGAGAUACUGACUGGAGAGGUUCCGUUACGACAUGAGGACAUCAUUGUCUGUUUUACUAUGGAAGAGUGGGAGUAUGUGGAAGGACACAAGGAAUGCUACAUGGACAUUAUAAAGGAGAAUGAAGAAUCCUUGGUAGAAACAGAGCUACAUAUUACAGAGGAUGAUGAUAAAAAUAAUAAUGAGAAUUAUGAUGGACAAAAUCAAAGUAUCGUUGCAGAUAACCAAAACACUUGCAGAUCUAAAGAAAGCUUGGCACUGGACCUUCUAAAUCACUUCAAAAAAACUACAACCAAUUCCGUUGAAACUAACUCUGAACAAAUAACAUAUGAAUCUAUCCUUAUGAAGGAGGAAUCAACCGCGGAUGAUGAAAAACAUCUGAGAAAUCCAGAAACAUAUGUAAGGUCUCAACCUCUAGUGCCAAAGUAUUCUUCUCCGACCGAAGAGUCAUUUUCUAGUGAAGAUGGUCAUUAUGAAGGUGCGUGUGCUUUUCCAGAACAGGAUGACUGUGAAUAUUUAUAUAUAACAGAAGAUGGCAGCACACAUGUCAGCAGAAAUAAACUGACUAUUAUGACCUGUAGUGAAUGUGGGGACCGCUUCGCUGUGGAGUCAGAUGACGCCUGUUUUGAGAGACUACAGCCUUACAGGUGUCGUAAAUGUUCCGGCUGUCACUCGGGGACAGAUGUCAGGGAAGUGGAGACAGUAGCGGUCUCGGAGAUACCAAGAACAUCCAACCUUUUGUAUGAAGACUAUGAGAAAGGAAAUGCUGAUUGUAAGAAAAUAUUUGCAAGCAGAAAACAUCUUGACAGUAAAAAAAUUAAUAGGAAAAAGAAACAAUGUUCUUACCCCAAAUGGGGAGGAUAUUUGGAGGAUAACGUAUGCCUCGAUAGCUAUCAUAUAGUGCCAGAAGAAGAAAAAGUGUUUAUAUGCUCUUAUUGCGGCAAAGGCUUUAACCAUCAGACAAGUUUGGAGCUCCACCAGAAGACUCACUUUGUGGAGAGGUCGUCCUUCAUCUCUCAGAGUGGCAAGCAUCUCCGAAACAAAGCACUUCUGAAGUCACACCAACUAGUUCACCCAGGUGGUAAACAGUAUAAUUGUUCUGAAUGUGGGAAAACUUUUAAACGCAGUCUAAGCUUGGUGGAGCACAUGCAGUUACACUCCGGAGAGAAAACAUUUACUUGUCCUGAUUGCGGGCAGAGCUUUGCCCAACGGUCUGCCUACAUCACCCACCAUAAGGUCCACAGUGCUGGCAAACUUCAUUUCUGCUUUGAGUGUGGAAAAAGCUUCCGAACAAAGGCUGAUCUCACCACACACCAACGUAUUCACAUGGGAGAAACACCAUUUCCUUGUCCAGAAUGUGGUGAGAACUUUACAAGACGUGCAAACCUGGUGAGACACCAGCGGAUUCAUACAGGGGAAAAGCCAUUUUCAUGCCCCGACUGUGGAAAAUGCUUCACACGAAAGUUAGGUCUUAUGAAACAUCAGAAGAUCCAUUCAGGAGAGAAAGUAUAUAAAAGGGGAUACAGAAAAAAUGCCUUUUCCAUGUACCGUGUGAUAGUGUAAGUGCUCUUACUAGAUGGAAAUGAACAUUUUAAGAGUAUGUUCACACAGGACUGAAAUGCUGCAGAUUUGUUGUGGAUUUGUUGCAUAUUUUUGGGAUGUCAAAAUCUACAGCACAUGCGCAACAAAUAUGAAGGACAUCCAAAAUAAAUCUGCAGUCUUUUUGGUCCUGUGUGAACACUUAUACUUGCUAAUACAAGGGAAGAAGCAGCUUGCAGGUUGGGUUGAGCUUCCUACAAGAAGACUUUUUAUUGGACAUUCGGGAAUCUUAUGCAUGUCUUUUACACUUUUUAUUGUAGUUGUCACCUUGUGCAGGACUUCGGUUAGCUCAUUUGUAUGCAACUGUAGUAUUUAUUAUUUGUUGUUAUGCUGUGAAUUUUAUUAAAAUAUUUUUUUACAAUCUUUAGGUUAUUGUUCUGUUGUGU